UCAUUCAGGGGUGGGACUGAAGAAGAAGGCUAACUUGACAGCAGCGCUUCUUUCUUAGCUAGUCACCGGCCCCUACUCAAGAAUGCCAGUGUGUGUGUAGCCUCCGCAGAGAGGUCGUUUUCUUGGAGUCCAAAGGGGCCGCCUGAGCUUCUGAAAACUAGGGAGGAGCCAUCCCAGCCAUGAGCCCCUGUGGGAAUCUGCUGGGGGCCAAGUGGCCUGGAGUCCUCAGGCUCCCCCAGCUGCUCCGGAGGGAGAGGUGAGCUCAGGGCAGCCUGCCUGCCGCCAGAGGUGCCGGGAGCCCCGGGCCUGUCAUGGUGGCCAUCUACAGCCAGCCUGAGGCAGUCACAGACGGAUUUGCAGCUGAGCCUGUCUAUCUGGUGUGGGAAGAAGAUGGGGAGUUACUUGUCAGUCCCGGCUUACUUCACCUCCAGAGACCCAUUUCGGUGUUCAGAAUGCCAGGAUUCCCUCACGAACUGGUACUAUGAGAAGGAUGGGAAGCUCUACUGCCCCAAGGACUACUGGGGGAAGUUUGGGGAGUUCUGUCAUGGGUGCUCCCUGCUGAUGACAGGGCCUUUUAUGGUGGCUGGGGAGUUCAAGUACCACCCAGAGUGCUUUGCCUGUAUGAGCUGCAGGGUGAUCAUUGAGGAUGGGGAUGCAUAUGCACUGGUGCAGCAUGCCACCCUCUACUGUGGGAAGUGCCACAAUGAGGUGGUGCUGGCACCCAUGUUUGAGAGACUCUCCACAGAGUCUGUUCAGGAGCAGCUGCCCUACUCUGUCACGCUCAUCUCCAUGCCGGCCACCACUGAAGGCAGGCGGGGCUUCUCCGUGUCCGUGGAGAGUGCCUGCUCCAACUACGCCACCACUGUGCAAGUGAAAGAGGUCAACCGGAUGCACAUCAGUCCCAACAAUCGCAAUGCCAUCCACCCUGGGGACCGCAUCCUGGAGAUCAAUGGGACCCCCGUCCGCACACUUCGAGUGGAGGAGGUGGAGGAUGCAAUUAGCCAGACCAGCCAGACACUUCAGCUGUUGAUUGAACAUGACCCCGUCUCCCAACGCCUGGACCAGCUGCGGCUGGAGGCCCGGCUCGCUCCUCACAUGCAGAAUGCCGGACACCCCCACGCCCUCAGCACCCUGGACACCAAGGAGAAUCUGGAGGGGACACUGAGGAGACGUUCCCUGAGGCGCAGUAACAGUAUCUCCAAGUCCCCUGGCCCCAGCUCCCCAAAGGAGCCCCUGCUGUUCAGCCGUGACAUCAGCCGCUCAGAAUCCCUUCGUUGUUCCAGCAGCUAUUCACAGCAGAUCUUCCGGCCCUGUGACCUAAUCCAUGGGGAGGUCCUGGGGAAGGGCUUCUUUGGGCAGGCUAUCAAGGUGACACACAAAGCUACGGGCAAAGUGAUGGUCAUGAAAGAGUUAAUUCGAUGUGAUGAAGAGACCCAGAAAACUUUUCUGACUGAGGUGAAAGUGAUGCGCAGCCUGGACCACCCCAAUGUGCUCAAGUUCAUUGGUGUGCUGUACAAGGAUAAGAAGCUGAACCUGCUGACAGAGUACAUUGAGGGGGGCACACUGAAGGACUUUCUGCGCAGUAUGGAUCCGUUCCCCUGGCAGCAGAAGGUCAGGUUUGCCAAAGGAAUCGCUUCUGGAAUGGCCUAUUUGCACUCUAUGUGCAUCAUCCACCGGGAUCUGAACUCGCACAACUGCCUCAUCAAGUUGGACAAGACUGUGGUGGUGGCAGACUUUGGGCUGUCACGGCUCAUAGUGGAAGAGAGGAAAAGGCCCCCCAUGGAGAAGGCCACCACCAAGAAACGCACCUUGCGCAAGAACGACCGCAAGAAGCGCUACACAGUGGUGGGAAACCCCUACUGGAUGGCCCCUGAGAUGCUGAACGGAAAGAGCUAUGAUGAGACGGUGGAUAUCUUCUCCUUUGGGAUCGUUCUCUGUGAGAUCAUUGGGCAGGUGUAUGCAGAUCCUGACUGCCUUCCCCGAACACUGGACUUUGGCCUCAACGUGAAGCUUUUCUGGGAGAAGUUUGUUCCCACAGAUUGUCCCCCAGCCUUCUUCCCGCUGGCCGCCAUCUGCUGCAGACUGGAGCCUGAGAGCAGACCAGCAUUCUCGAAACUGGAGGACUCCUUUGAGGCCCUCUCCCUAUACCUGGGGGAGCUGGGCAUCCCGCUGCCUGCAGAGCUGGAAGAGUUGGACCACACUGUGAGCAUGCAGUACGGCCUGACCCGGGACUCACCUCCCUAGCCCUAGCCCAGCCCCCUGCAGGGGGGUGUUCUACAGCCAGCAUUGCCCCUCUGCGCCCCAUCCCUGCUGUGAGCAGGGCCGUCCAGGCUUCCUGUGGAUUGGCGGCCUGUUUAGAAGCAGAACAAGCCAUUCCUACUACCUCCCCAGGAGGCAAGUGGGCGCAGCACCAGGGAAAUGUAUCUCCACAGGUUCUGGGGCCUAGUUACUGUCUGUAAAUCCAAUACUUGCCUGAAAGCUGUGAAGAAGAAAAAAACCCCUGGCCUUUGGGCCAGGAGGAAUCUGUUACUCAAAUCCACCCAGGAACUCCCUGGCAGUGGAUUGUGGGAGGCUCUUGCUUACACUAAUCAGCGUGACCUGGACCUGCUGGGCAGGAUCCCAGGGUGAACCUGCCUGUGAACCUGCCUGUGAACUCUGAAGUCACUAGUCCAGCUCGGUGCAGGAGGACUUCAAGUGUGUGGACGAAAGAAAGACUGAUGGCCAGGAGGCACUCAAAGGGUGUGAAAAAGUCAGUGAUGCUCCCCCUUUCCACUCCAGAUCCUGCCCUUCCUGGAGCAAGGUUGAGGGAGUAGGUUUUGAAGAGUUCCUUAAUAUGUGGUGGCACAGGCCAGGAGUUAGAGAAAGGGCUGGCUUCUGUUUACCUGCUCACUGGCUCUAGCCAGCCCAGGGACCACAUCAUGUGAGGGGAAGCCUGCACCUCAUGUUUUCAAGCUUAAUACUAGAGACUGGCUGAGAACUUAUGGACAACAUCCUUUCUGUCUGCAACAAACAGUCACAAGCACAGGAAGAGGCUGAGGGACUAGAAAGAGGCCCUGCCCUCUAGAAAGCUCAGAUCUUGGCUUCUGUUACUCAUACUCUGGUGGGCUCCUUAGAUGCCUAAAACAUUUUGCCUAAAGCUAGAUGGGUUCUGGAGGACAGUGUGGCUUGUCACAGGCCUAGAGUCUGAGGGAGGGGAGUGGGAGUCUCAGCAAUCUCUUGGUCUUGGCCUCGUGGCAACCAUUGCUCACUCUUCAACAUGCCUGGUUUAGGCAGCAGCUUGGGCUGGGAAGAGGUGGUGGCAGAGUCCCAAAGCUGAGAUGCUGAGAGAGAGAGCUCCCUGAGCUGGGCCAUCUGACUUCUACCUCCCAUGUUUGCUCUCCCAACUCAUUAGCUCCUGGGCAGCAUCCUCCUGAGCCACAUCUGCAGGUACUGGAAAACCUCCAUCUUGGCUCCCAGAGCUCUAGGAACUCUUCAUCACAACUAGAUUUGCCUCUUCUAAGUGUCUAUGAGCUUGCACCAUAUUUAAUAAAUUGGGAAUGGGUUUGGGGUAUUAAUGCAAUGUGUGGUGGUUGUAUUGGAGCAGGGGGAAUUGAUAAAGGAGAGUGGUUGCUAUUACCUUGUUAUAUCUAUUGGGUGGUAUGUGAAAUAUUGUACAUAGACCUGGUGAGUUGUGAGACCAGAUGUCAUCUCUCUGGUCAGAGUUUACUUGCUAUAUAGACUGUACUUACGUGUGAAGUUUGCAAGCUUGCUUUUAGGGCUGAGCCCUGGACUCCCAGCAGCAGCACAGUUCAGCAUUGUGUGGCUGGUUGUUUCCUGGCUGUCCCCAGCAAGUGUAGGAGUGGUGGGCCCGAACUGGGCCAUUGAUCAGACUAAAUAAAUUAAGCAGUUAACAUAACUGGCAA